CGCGGGGCUGAUCGGAGAGGAGGCCACCGGCUUCCGUGAGAUGACCAUGGCAGCCCGGGCCGGUCCUCGGGCCUUGACCACCGUAGUCUCGGGAUGCCGUCCGAAGUCGGUGACGGCGCCUGGCGCUUUGACUCCGGCUCAGGGACCUGCGCGGAACGUCAGACACCUGGCUUCCUGUGGUAUACUGAUGAGCAGAUCUCUUGCAUCGCGUACCUCCAGGCUGCCUAAGGAGAUACAUGCAAGAACUUUCUUCAAAAUUACUGCACCAUUAAUAAACAAAAGGAAAGAAUACUCAGAGCGAAGGAUUAUAGGUUAUUCAAUGCAGGAAAUGUAUGAUGUGGUAUCAGGAAUGGAAGAUUACAAACAUUUUGUUCCUUGGUGCAAAAAGUCGGAUGUAAUAUCAAGGAGAUCUGGAUAUUGUAAAACACGAUUAGAAAUCGGAUUUCCACCUGUGCUGGAACGUUAUACAUCAGUUGUGACCUUGGUGAAACCACAUUUGGUGAAGGCAUCUUGUACUGAUGGGAGACUUUUUAAUCAUUUGGAGACUAGUUGGCGUUUCAGCCCAGGUCUUCCUGGGUAUCCAAGAACUUGUACCUUGGACUUUUCAAUCUCUUUUGAAUUUCGCUCACUCCUACACUCUCAACUUGCCACGUUGUUUUUUGAUGAAGUUGUAAAGCAGAUGGUUGCUGCCUUUGAAAGAAGAGCAUGUAAGCUUUAUGGUCCAGAAACGAACAUACCUCGGGAACUAAUGUUUCAUGAAGUUCAUCACACAUGAAGGAGAGCUGGUGUCACGUGCUUGGAUCUUUAACCUGGGGAGACGCCUUUGUGAUUGGUUUCCAGACGUCAGAAAGCAUUUAGUACACCUAACUUUGAUUGUAACUUGCACGUAGAAUAUGACCCUACUUGUAUAUGGAAUUAUUUCUUCAAUCAUUAUAUAAUUCAGAGUACUAAGUACAUCAGCAUAUUCCACAUUUAACUAUGUUACUAUUGCUAGAAUGAUGUAUCUCUUCUAAGCAGAAACUGAAUAUGUAAAUUUAAUGAGUGAGUUGAUAUACUCAGUCAUUAUGUAUAUAUUAACCAUAUCAUGUUUAAGUUAUUAAAUUCAGAUUAUUUAUAACUUAUUAUAUGGAGCCUACCAUAUAGCUUAGGGGUUAUCACCAAGAAAGUCAAAACUUGAUUUUAUAGGUACUGCUAAUGGAUUCUCCCUGGCACCUUUGGUAUUUUUAAAUUAUUAUUAUGGAUAUAGAAUAUCAUUUGGUGCUAUAAGGAGGUUGGCUCCAAAUAUAACAGUGAAAAAAAUUUGGAGGGGUUAGUGGCCCAGAGCUUUCAGCUGUUUUUCCAGUAGUCUGCAACCUUCUUCUGGGUACGUUGGUUGCUCUUUAGCUAAUGCUAAUGUAGAACAGUAAGCAACAGAUGAAGAAAAGUUGGUUGAUAUUUUGCUGGCACUAUGCAUCCCUAUUUUCUAUUUAUUGUAUGUAUUCACUUCCAAUAAUAUAUUUUCAAACUGGUAUUUUUUAAAACAAAUCAAUGUAAGGACUGAAGUGUUCACCUAAUAAAGUUAAUUU